AAACCAAACAAAUUGUGAAAGUAACGGCUCUGUUCAAAACCAGAUAUCAGGUUGAUCCGAAUCCGGAAAUUCGGGUAUUUGGUUUUUCAGCUCAGGUCGAUCCGAAUGUUUUUUUUUAUAAAAUUUAAAUACUAACUCUAAAAAAAAGGAAAAAUCCGCGGGAGAACAAUUAUAUUAAUAUUCAGCUCAGGGUUAGCUUGAGAGAUACUAUGAUGAUUUUAUUUACGAAAAAAGCAAAAAAAAAAUAAAUAAAUAAAACCGAAUAUCGGAUACCCGGUUUCCAAAAAAUAUGUGAUCCGGUAUUUGGCUUUAAAAUCGGAUACCUGAUCUGGAUUAUCUGGUUUGUAAAAAACGGAUAAUUUAUCUGGUUUUGAAAACAGAAUAAUCCGGAUAAGAUAUAAUUGCACACCCCUACUAACGGUAUUAACUUCCAAUCAUGUUCUUCUUUAUCUUCAUUCCCUCUCAAUUACAGUGAAGUAUACCAAACACCCCUUUAAUGUAUGGGAAUUGUUUUAAGACACAUAUAUUUGGGGAGACCAAUGUAUUUGUGUCAAACACUGAGUCAGCAAAGGAGAUAUUAAGCAAUGAUUUAGGAAAGUUUACAAAGAAGUACAUAAGAUCAAUUGGAGAGGUUGUUGGGUCUCAAAGCUUACUUUGUGCAUCUCAUCAAAACCAUAAGUUACUUCGGUCACAUCUUCUCGACUUAUUCACAUCAAAUUCUAUUUCUCAUUUCACCACCCAAUUUGAUGAAUUGGUUGUCAAUACUCUCUCAACUUGGGAACGUAUGGACCAUGUUUUCAUACUCGAUGAAGCACUUAAGAUGACUUUAAAGGCAAUGUGCAAAAUGCUAUUAAGCCUAGAGGGUAGAAAUGAAGAGUUAUGUUUACUGCAAAAGGAUGUUGCUUAUGUUUGUCAAGCAAUGCUUGCAUUUCCAUGGAAGUUUCCAUGGACUACUUUCAGCAAAGGUCUUAAGGCAAGAAAAAGGAUAAUGGAGAUGCUAACAAAGAUGAUAAAGGAAAGAAAAGAUAAAGAAUCAAUACAAGAUCCUUCUGUUUAUGAUCACAAAGAUGUUCUACAAUACCUGCUGUCUAUCGAAGAUAACAUUUUUACAGAUGCACAAAUCAAAGAUAACAUUUUAACCAUGAUAAUUGCAGGCCAAGACACUACAGCAAAUGCAAUGACUUGGAUGGUCAAAUACUUAGAUGAAAAUCAAGGUGUCCUUGCAACUUUACAGGAUGAAGUAAAGUACUUACAGAAGCGAGUAGCCAACAAAUCAUUUCUUACGCUAAAAAUUCUAAAUGAGAUGACUUAUGGUGCCAAGGUUGUAAAAGAAACGUUGAGGAUGGCGUCCAUAGUACCUUGGUUCCCCAGAGUUGCACUUAAUGACUGUGAAAUCUCAGGAUUUACGAUCAAAAAAGGAUGGACUGUGAACGUGGAUGCAAGAUCUAUACAUUUUGAUCCAAGUUUACAUAAAUCAGAUCCUCAUAAGUUCAUUCCAUCUAGGUUUGAAAAUGAAGUAAAAGCAUACAGUUUCUUAGCAUUUGGUGCAGGGGGAAGAACAUGUCUUGGCAUGAAUCUUGCCAAAACUAUGAUGCUUGUGUUCCUUUACCGCUUAGUUACCACUUACUCGUGGGAGGUGACCGAUCCAGAUUCAAGUGUGGAAAAUUGGGCAUUAUUUGCGAGGUUAAAAAGUGGUUGUCCUGUUCGAGUAAAACCUCUAUGCAACUAAUUUAUGGAUAAAAGAGUUAAGGCACGUUUUAUAUAAAAAACAGAAAUGGAAUGAAAAUCAAUAUGAUAAUAACACGUUAAUGUUAUUAGUUUUUUGGUGUUACAAAUAGAAAUAAAUUCUCUUAUAGUUUUGUGUAACAAAAGUGUGGUAUACCUAUAAAAAUAAAAUAAAAAUUAAUUUUGUCAAAAAAAAUUCCAGAUCUUCUACCACCUUCCAUUGGCCUUUCCCUUUAACCCCAACAUUCUAUAUGAACCCUUAUCCUCCUAUUCAUUAUUGUCAUCAAUUUUACAGUUUCAAAACAGAAUCUCAUUUGAUCAAAUUUUUCAUCUCUCUAGAAACUACAUUUGCAAUCCAAAUUUGAACUUCAUUGCAAAUUGGUACCUUUGUCCAUCUCAAUAAAGGCAGCAAAGGAUAAUUCAGUAAAGUUCUACAUUAGGUAUUAAAAGAGGAGAUAUUUAGACCCAAUAAUGGUACGAAAGGAUGUAGAAGGUGAUGAAAAACAGAAUAUAAACAUUAGAGAUGAGAAACAACAUACACAACAAGUUUAUAAGGUAUCUUUGAUACCUCCUCUUCAACAAAUGUUUUUCAUUAACGGAUUCCACAAUACAUUAAUGAAUAAACCCGCAUACUUGAGAACAAGCUCUCAAGAGAAAUAUCCCAUCUAACAAUGAAGAAUACCCUCAAUACUAAUGCAUAGAAGAAAUGUUCUCUUGGUUUUCACCCUAGCCAAUCUCUCUAUGAAUUAUCCCUUUCAACAUGUGUUGUGUAUUAUUUUAUGAAGUUAUAAGCCCUUUAAAUAGAGGGCGUACAACAUUCUGGAACCACAAUAGCUUAGCAAUAAUCUCACAAUAACUCAUGGAUUGACUCCCUUUCAUUUCAACCUUAAAGAAAAAAACUUAAAAAAUUAAUCGUUAAACUUCUAAACAUGUUGCUCGAAUGAGGCUCACAUCUGUUCGAAUGAGCAACUAUGUUUUGCCCUCACUGCCUGUUGCUGCUCAUUAUGCUUGGACGAGCGCUCAUGCUUGAACGAGCACUUCAACUCUAGCAUCUCUCAGCUGCAAGAUUGUGCCUCAUUUUAGCUACCCUUCUCUAUGCCUUGUCUCGUUCAAAACAUGUUUAUCUUUUCGUGCAACUUCUUGCAUUGAUCAAGGCUUCCUCUGCCUUGCCCAAUGCAAUCCUUUUGCAACACAUUCUUGUUUUUCGUUGCACCAUCAACACGACGCACAAAAAACCCUCUUGCGUUGCUCCUUUGAAGCCCCACAAUCAAUGAACGCAACUCUUUUGCACCCUCAUCGUUGCUCAAAACAUGAUGUGUCUUGUCUUGAGUCAUCAAGUCAUCACCUUCGCUACUAAUUUUUUUGCUUAUAUAUUACAUGCUACUUGUAGUAACACCUUGAUAGAGAUGAUCUAGAUUCUCUCUUACCUAGGUUUACAUUCUCUCAAUCCCAUUAUGUUUGC